AUGUUACCAGGAUAUAUUCAUCCCGAUGAAUUUUUUCAAUCACCCGAAAUUAUGGGAGAGAGUGUGUUGGGAUUUGAAGUUUUUAAACCCUGGGAAUUUGAACAAAGUCCUCAAUGUCGAUCUAUAGUAAUUCCAAAUUUGUAUUCCUGCGUUAAAUUUGAAUCUCUAAUAUAUUUAGAUUAUGUUAGUUAUACGAUAGCGGAUUCAUAUUAUCCAAGAAAUACACUUAAGUCAUUACUAGUCUUUGCCUCAUCAUAUACUCUGCUUAUCUACCAUACUCGAUCCUUUUCAAAUACAGUUGAAUCAAUAUUAUUGGCGUUAUGUUUUAUUAUUUAUAUCAAAGGAACAAUUCCUUAUAUCCCUCUUAAACGAAAAUUAGGAGAACCUUCUGUUCGGGAAGAAUUUCUUUCAAAUUAUGCUUUUCUUUUAGGUUUCCUGCUGGCUUUAGGUUGUUUCACUAGGAUUACAUUUAUAUUAUAUGCAUUCCCAAUUGGUCUUGCAUUUCUUCAUCAUAUAUUUAUUUCCACUAGAGUUCAGCAAAGAAAUUGGACAGAUAAAAUUCUAGAAAUGAUGCCAGCUUGCCUUGGUUUUGUUUUGACAACAAUAUUAUGUGUUUUAGCAGAUUCAUUAUACUUUGGAUCAUUAAUUAUCACUUUUGACAAUAAUGCAUUGAUUAAAGAACACAUUUUUAUAUUAUUGAAUAAUCCCAUGAGAAUUCUUGAAAUUGCAUAUAAUAUUAAUUCAGACAAUUUAGCAGAACAUGGUAUCCACCCUCGAUAUCUUCACAUUCUAAAUUUUGUGUUACUUUUUGGUCCACUUGUUUUAUUGACAAUGAAAGAUCUUAAUGCAAGUUUUACAUACAUGAGAUUUAAGGCUAAAAGUAAAUAUAAAACUGUUAUUAUAUAUAGUGGUCUCUGUGGAUUAUUAUUAUUAUCUAUAAUUCCACAUCAAGAACCAAGAUUUUUAUUGCCAUUAUUUGUUCCUGUUAUUAUUGUACCAUCAGAUAGAUUACAGAAAAUACCAAGAUUAUUUUGGGUUGCUUGGGCAAUAUUUAAUUUGAUCUGUGCGGUAUUUUAUGGUGGACUUCAUCAAGCAGGAAUAAUACCAAUAAUUCAAAAAUUACAAUAUCAAUCAUUAGGAUUUAAGAAUUGUGAAAUAAGUGAAGAAUAUGUUCAGUGUAAUUUUGGGAAAAGAUUCGUUAGGCCAGUUAGGAAUUGGUCCGAAACUUUUAUAACAAAUGUCAUAUUUUACAAAACAUAUAUGCCUCCAAGACAUUUGUUUGGAUAUCCUAAAACUUGGCGAAAUACAAAUAUUCAACUUAAUAUUUACGAUCUUGCGGGUAAAUCAAUUCAAAAUCUGGAAGAAUUACUUUUACAACAAGUUGCACCUAAAAGAAAUUUGAUUGAACCAUAUAAUUCUGGGCAUAUAAUUUUUCAACAACGUCUUUCAAAUAAUAUUACGUUAAGACAGUAUGAAAGAACUCUUUUAGUUACUCCAUCUACAACUGAUUUAUCUUCACUUUUCAAUGAAAAUUAUUCCUCGGAAAGUGAUGAAAAAACAGAAUUUUCAAAAUCUAAUAAAUUUGGAUUGGCGUUAAUAGAUCAACAAUGGCCUCAUUUGAAUUUAGACCAAAUUGAUAGAGUUUUUUCAAAUGGAAUGUUUUUAAAUGUUUACGCUUUUACGAAGGAAUAA